UUGAUGGUCGCUUUUAAAGCGGUGUGGACAGGCAGCUUCCAUCCCAUGUCCCUGCAGAAGGCAUAUAAGAGGCUGGUGUCGCGACUAUCGUCUGCAUACACUUAGGAAGAAAAUCCUCCAUUUUCCUAUCUCCGUUUGAAUACUAAUUCAUACAAGCAUCAAGGAACAUCGAGUUCACCAACAUGUCAAGACCACUUUCGGACCAAGAAAAAAGGAAGCAAAUUUCCGUGCGAGGGCUCGCCGGAGUGGAAAACGUCGCAGACAUCAAGACCAAUUUUAAUCGUCACCUUCACUUCACGCUAGUCAAGGACAGAAAUGUGGCGACGAAGCGCGAUUACUACUUCGCCCUUGCUAAUACCGUCCGCGAUCACUUGGUGGGCAGGUGGAUCAGGACCCAGCAACAUUAUUAUGAGAAGGACCCGAAACGUGUUUACUACCUCUCCUUGGAGUUCUACAUGGGCCGCACGUUGCAGAACACCAUGGUGAACCUGGCUCUGGAGAACUCCUGCGAUGAAGCUAUGUACCAGUUGGGCCUCGAAAUGGAGGAGCUGCAGGACAUGGAAGAGGAUGCCGGAUUAGGGAAUGGUGGGCUCGGACGUCUUGCUGCCUGUUUCCUGGACUCAAUGGCUACUCUGGGUUUGGCUGCCUAUGGAUAUGGUAUCCGCUAUGAAUACGGCAUCUUCAACCAGAAGAUUGCCAAUGGCUGGCAGAUUGAGGAGGCUGAUGAUUGGCUGCGUUACGGAAACCCCUGGGAGAAGGCCCGUCCGGAGUACAUGCGACCCGUGCAUUUCUAUGGCAGGGUAGACCACUCGGCUGAUGGAGUGAAAUGGGUCGACACUCAGGUUGUCCUGGCAUUGCCCUAUGACACCCCUGUUCCUGGUUACCGAAACAACAUUGUCAACACCAUGAGAUUAUGGUCGGCCAAGGCUCCCUGCGACUUCAACCUGAAAGACUUCAAUGUUGGUGGCUAUAUUCAGUCUGUGCUGGACAGGAACUUGGCUGAGAACAUCUCCCGCGUACUCUAUCCAAAUGAUAAUUUCUUUGAAGGCAAGGAGCUGCGUCUGAAACAGGAGUAUUUCGUGGUGGCUGCCACCCUCCAGGACAUCAUCCGUCGCUUCAAGUCGUCCAAGUUCGGUUCCACGGAAGUCGUGCGUACAGACUUCAGCACCUUACCUGAUAAGGUUGCAAUUCAGCUUAAUGAUACGCAUCCUGCGAUGGCCAUCCCUGAACUCAUGAGGAUCCUAGUCGAUGAUGAGAAGGUGUCUUGGGACAAAGCGUGGGCCAUAUGCAUGCGUACCUGUGCUUACACCAAUCACACCGUCCUGCCCGAGGCCCUGGAGCGCUGGCCCGUCGACCUGUUGGCGCACCUGCUACCCCGACACUUGGAAAUAAUCUACGAGAUCAAUCGGCGCCACCUUGAGCGCAUCGCUUCCCUCUACCCAGGUGACAAUGACCGGCUGUGUCGCAUGUCCCUGAUCGAGGAAGGUGGGCAUAAGAGGGUCAACAUGGCCCACCUGUGCAUCGUGGGCUCCCAUGCCAUCAACGGGGUGGCUCGUAUUCACUCCGACAUCCUCAAAGCCACCGUGUUCAAAGACUUCUAUGAGGUGGAUCCAGAGAAAUUCCAGAACAAGACCAAUGGCAUCACCCCCCGACGCUGGCUGGUCAUGUGCAAUCCUGGAUUGGCAGAGGUUAUUGCGGAGAGAAUUGGAGAAGACUACAUCCGCGAUCUGGACCAGCUGAAGAAUCUGCUGCAUCUUGUGGACGAUGACGCCUUCAUCCGAGAUGUUGCCAAGAUCAAACAGGAAAACAAACUUAAGUUUGCUGUAUACCUGGAGGAGCAGUACAAAGUGAAAAUCAACCCCGAAUCCAUGUUUGAUCUACAAGUCAAGAGGAUCCAUGAGUACAAGAGGCAGCUUCUAAAUUGCCUCCAUAUUAUUACCUUCUACAACCGCAUCAAGAAGGAACCCAACAAGGACUGGACUCCUAGAACCAUCAUGAUUGGUGGAAAAGCAGCCCCAGGCUACCAUAUGGCCAAGAUGAUCAUCAAGCUCAUAACUAGCAUAGGAAAAAUUGUCAAUAAUGAUCCUGUGGUAGGUGACCGGCUCAAGGUCAUCUUCUUGGAGAACUACAGAGUCACCCUGGCUGAGAAAGGUAUUGAAGAGGCAGGCGAGGAGAACCUCUUCAUCUUUGGCAUGAGGGUGGAAGAUGUGGAAGCCAUGGACAGAAAGGGUUAUAAUGCUACAGAAUACUGCAGCCGUAUUCCUGAGCUCAAGCAGGCCAUUGACCAGAUCGGAGGAGGGUACUUCAGCCCUCAGCAGCCCGAUCUCUUCAAGGACAUCGUUCACAUGCUCAUGAAUAAUGACCGUUUUAAGGUGUUCGCCGACUAUGAAGACUACAUGAAAUGUCAAGAUAAAGUCAAUGCUCUAUACAAGAACACCAAAGAAUGGACCAAGAAGGUGAUCCACAACAUCGCAGGCUGCGGGAAGUUCUCCAGUGACCGAACCAUUGCACAGUAUGGCCGAGAAAUCUGGGGGGUGGAACCCAACCUUAGCAAGCUUAAUGCUCCAGAUGACCCACUCUAAGUGUUUCCGGGGUCCAAGCCUUUGCAUCUGCUGCUAUCAGGGAUUCUGCGAAAUAGAUGAUAGCAAAAAAGUACGUACUAUGAAAGGAGAAAAUACAGUCUAUUAGGCCCGAAAUCCUUCCCCUUAGAUUGUGCCGAAAAUUGAUGUAAGUUUGUGAAAUUAGUAAACCUGCCACAACUAAUGUAAACCCACACUUACCAAGUGGUCCAAUAACGUUUAACCAUUUAUAUUUAAUUAGUAGGGUAACUACAGAGUGUUCAACCUGCAUUUUGAUAAUAUUAAACAAUCUAUAAAAGGCUAUCUGAACAUUGUUGCCGCAGACAGAUCCUAUAAACCACAUUAUCUAGAACUUUGCUUCCUGGUAAGCUGUGAAUGUUAGGAGAGGAUCUCAAAGGAAUGGUGGAAUGUAUAUCUCCAUUAUGGACAGCCUUUACAAGGUGGUAAGAUGGCAUUUAUAACAAUAUACAACCACGAGUCAAGCUGAUCUGGAAAAACAACCAACCAGUGUCAAAGCUUGCACUCUGUGUUUUUCACCACCCUUUGGUAGAUGAUAAAUAUAACCAACCCACCAAAAUUACAAAAUAAUUUAUUGAAGUAAAUACAUUUACUUCAAAACAGCUUUUUCUGUCUGACAAACACAUUACCCAUCGCGUCUGAAUUUGUACUCCAGCUGAAGACUGUCACUGAAGACUUAGGUGAUGGAAAAAGGAAUCCACUCAUGGAUGUGCUUUGGAAACACCAGACUAAAACUAAACAAAAAUUACAAUUAGCUGUGUGUCGUUAUUUGUGUGUAGAUAUGCAUGCACUGAAGUGAAUGUACACAGGUUAUUUUUCAUUCCUCUGAAACAUAGUCCUUCUUUGCUGUUGUAUGUAAGAAUUUUCUUUCUAAGGGAAUGUAUAUUGACUGAUUAUGAUAAACAGUUCACGGUCAUAACCACUUCUACUAACGAAAGAAUGGUUUUCAGCAAAACAUGCAUUUCUCUGUCAUUGUUCUUUGUCUUUUGUGAACAUCAGUUUUCAGAAAAUUUGUGUCUAUGAAAACAUCCCGUAUUGAAAUCCCAUUAUAUACAUGUAAAUGCAUAUAGUCAUAUCAAAAGCAUUAAACAAUAAUCACAAUAAAA